UUGGGUGUACUAGUCUGUUUCUAACUGUUGUGUAUGGUAGGGCUGGGGGUAAACGAUUAUUUUUAAAACGAUUAUUCUGACGAUUAUUUUAUCGAAUAGUCGACUAUUCUAAUGACUAUUUAGAAAAUUAAUCUAAUGAUUAUUUUUCUAUUGCACAAUUAACAAAAACCAGAAAAUCUCAAAUAAAUUCCUCAAAAAAAUUGAUAAAUUGUUACUGUAAGAGAAUAAACACUACAGGCCUUCCAUUUUGUAUAACACUACUUUUAUUGUGUUGGUUGGUUAUGUUCUGAUGACAUGUAGAACUUGGGAGUGCAGGCUGCUGCCUGAGAGGUGGUAGAAGAUGGAGUGUCUCCAUGCUGCUUUGUUUUGGUCACUUAUGUGCGUGAGGCGAGUGGUCUUACGGGUUAAACCAAACUCAGGUGAUAUUUUACACUAAACCGAAAACCCACAACACUCUAAAUGUAAUAAAAGGGAGAUCUGCACCACAAAAAAGAUGAACUCUAAACCAAAACGUAACAGCUUAUCCCAACGCAAGAAGCUGUUAGCGAAGAUGCUAACAGUAGCUUUACCAACGUUAAGUUCAAGUUACCAAGUUUAAAUAAACCAAAAACACCCGGCAGCAAACAGACCAGCACGGAGGAGAGACUGCUACCACCAAAACAGCUCUCCUCAUGUCUGAAAGAAGCUCCUUAAUGAAGGGAGAAACGCUCCCGGUGAUUUUCUACAUCUGCGAUAGACACGGAGCAGCGCAUCUGACCCCGGAAGUUGUUGCCCGUUGCCGGGAGACGAAGGGGCAAAACAGGAAAAUAAUCUAGUAGUGGACGGACAUUGUUCCGGGUCUUCGGUAUUUGGCGGAGAUGUUAGUGAAGGCGGAGAAGAGGGCGAACUAGAGGAAAAACAGGCAGAUUCCUCCUCUAUUUACAAACUCCUGGGGAUGCAACAAGUGGGCGCGGUGCGUCGACUUCCGGAUCUGACGUCGACAAAUUUUUAGAAUCGAGCCGUCGACUUCGUCGAGGCUUCGCUACAGCCCUAGUGUAUGGUUUUGUUGGUGUGUUUAUGUUGUGUUUUUUCAUUGCUGCUCUUAUUUUUUCUGUUAUGCCUCUGAUGUAUGGUAGGGUUAUCACUGGUUCUGGUUCUUGUCUUUCUGGGUUUCUGGUUUUGUUGUUCUUUUCUUUCUGUUGUUAUUGUUUGUGUUGACAAACAACCACGAACAGAGACGAUGGGAUCUACACACUGGAUCACACAUAGGACUGUGUCACUGGUGAGAAGAGUGCGGGCAGCAGAGGCUAGCGUCUAGCUCUGAAGAAGUUGUGGUAGUGUUUGAAAUGUCAGCAUAAACGAGGAAAACUUUCCUGUAAUAAAAAAGAACGGAGUAAAGCAGUUAGGUUUUAGUUGGUAAUGGUGAGUUGCUGAACUGGUCAUUUGUCCAGUAAUCAGGUGUGUCGGAGUAGGUAAAACAACUAAAACCUGCUGGAUAGCGGCCCUGGAGGGCCAGGAUUGCUCACCGCUGAUAUCUCUAUAGGGACCACAGAGGAGCCUAACUUUGGUUUAAAUGAUUUAAUCAGGGUCUUAAAUCUUUCACUGCUUGUGAUGUUUUUGUGGAGUAGAAACAAAUCUGAGGGGAUUUAUUCUUUUAAACAAAACACCAGAAACAGUUUCUAGAUUAUUAUUGGGCAAUGGGACAUUGAGGAGAUUGGGGGAGGAGGUGUUGGGUCCUCAUGAGGCUCAACAUGUAACAGCCCAUGUCUGUCACCUGGUGCCUAUCGGCUUUGGUUGAACUUGUUAAAUUAUUUAUAUGUGUGAAAUACAGUUUGGAGGUUAUUGUCUUUGUUUUUGUUGCUGAUUUCUGUGACCUAAGAGAAAGGCCGCAUCACGUUGAGGAUUGUUUUAUUGAUCGUUUUGUCUGCCUGACUUCUAUAAGAGGUGAGUUAGGAGACACGCCCCGCCCCCGAGAGUGGUACUCCCUCACCUGUCUGCAGCUGUGCAGGACGCUGGAAGCAGGAGCUGCCAAGCGGUGUUAUGGACUAAGGAUUAUCGCACCAACGACUAGGGAGAGUCUAGCGGACCUAUGUGACUUCUCUGAUGUGCUGGAGGAGUAAGCUGGGAGCGUGUGUUCUGGUGAACCGCCGAAGCAGCGGCCUGUCGGGUCCUCAGCGGUACCAACCAGGCCUUGUGUAAAGGACUGAACGAGCUCCAGAAUGGUCAGCUGGGGGUGAGGAAUCACCCUGUGGGAUCCCUCAUAAAGCCCCCCCUCUCCAUCUCUGUGGUACCAGCCAAAGCUCCUGUUUCCAUGGUGACGGCCCACAUGAAUGGCCAGAAAAUGGUGAGCUCAGAACCGCUGCAGCUGUCUCCCAUCAACCUGCAGACUGGAAGCAGAGUGGCACCAGGCCCCAGGGUCCACACUUUCAGUAGCAGCAGAAGGGUCGGAGACCAGGUAAUGUUCAGCACACCUGCGAGAGCUACGGCUCAAGUCUGGGUUGGGGUUCUGUUGGUCCAGCUAAACAUGUUGAUGUUUUAAACAAAAGUGAUAAUGCAGCAGGGGGUCCAGCAGAUCCUGGUCUGGACCCAGCUGACCAGGUGAGGCCUUGCGGUUACUGUUUGACAUUAAUGCUCUAAAACAAAACGUUGUUUCACGGGAGCGGGGACCCUGACGCUUCAGCGUUUUACAGGCACGCGUUGACCGGAUGUUUUCCUUAUUUGAACAUCUUUUUCAACAGUAAAACUUACACAGAGAACAUAACAGAAGUAACAUAAUGAAUCAAGAAAAGACUCCUCUCAGAGAAUCUGAGCAUUGCCUCACACUUGUACACCAUUUCAACACAUCUUGCUGUUAUUUUAUUGGUCCAGAUUUAAGGUCCUCCUCCAUGUGUCAGGGUGCUGCAGGGCAGAGCCCCCCCAUGUCUGGCUGAACUGUUGCAGCGGCGUGUCCCCACUCGGGCCCUUGGCUCUGCUGAGCAAGAGGUGCUGGAAGUCCCCCGCUCUAAACUCAGAUCAAGGAGGGACCGGGCCUUCUCAGUGACGGCGCCUAUGGAAUGAGCUCCCUCUGGCAGUGAAGCUAGCUCCUCCUCUACAGGACUUUAAGUCUCACCUGAAAACUCACUCAUCCACCAGCUUUCCCCCAACGUCGUUGACCCUGGCUUUUGUAUUUGUACCCUUUUGUACUUGGCUUCGGGUUAGGGUUUUAAUUACUUUUACUUGUACUUUUGUAUUCAUUUAUUUGAUCCCUUUUACUCUCUUUUAUCUACUAUGUUGUUUUUAUGUGCUGUUCAGCACCUUGGGCCUUCGAUAAGGUGGUGGGAGGUGCUAUAUCAACAAAUUGGAUUGGUUGACAGCAUGCUGAAGCUCUAGGACAGACCAUUGCAGGAGAACAACUCCUCCAUGCGGGAGGAUUUCCUCCCGUUGAAGCGAGUUGCUUUCCAGGUCUAGAAACCUGUUUUGAGGACUUCUGGUAAUUCAAAAUGGAGAAAUGUUCCUUGAUUCUUAAACUUCGGCUGAACUUUUGCUUGUUAUUCCCAUCUCCAGUGUGGUAGGCGUGCAGAUUCAUCAAGAACAUUAACACAGCCAUGAGUCUGUCCUAGACAAAAGACCAGACUCAUGGCUGUAGCCUGUUUCUUGUUCUUCUCUUACACAGUUUAGUACAAAACUUGUUUUCACCGGACAUGCUUCAGCUGGUAUCUCUAGCUAUCAUCAGAGACCCAAUACAAAAUGGAAAACUACCAUACCUUUUUAUUUAGAAAAGCGCUUUCAACGUGGCAUUACAACCAACCAAAGCGCUGUACAAAGUAAAACAACAAAGGCAUUAAAUAGUUGCAUCAUACAGCAGCAGUAGCUCAACAGGUUGAGCGGGCUGUCCAGUAAUCGUAAGGUUGCAGGUUCGAUCCCGGCUCCGGACAGAGAAUUCUGCUGUUGUGUCCUUGGGCAAGACACUUACUCACCUUGCCUGCUGGUGGUGGUCGGAGGGACCGGUGGCGCCUGUGUUCGGCAGCCUCGCCUCUGUCAGUGUGCCCCAGGGCAGCUGUGGCUACAUCGUAGCUCAUCACCACCAGUGUGUGAAUGUGUGUGUGAAUGGAUGAAUGAUAUUCUGUAGUGUAAAGCGCUUUGGAGUCCUUACUCUGAGAGGCGUUAUACAAGUGCGGGUCAUUUAUCAUUUAUCAUACAAUCAAUAAAAAAUAAUACAACAAAGUAAGGUUACAAACAAACAAAAACAAUAAAAGUAUUAAAAGUGGUCAGACAGAUUUAAGAUGGAAAGUCCACAGUAUAAGGAGGUAGGACAAAUUGUUGAUGCUAAGAAUCGAAGGCCAUGGAGAAGUAAUGUGUUUUCAGCCUCCAUUUAAAGAUGGGAAGCGAGGGUGCUCGUCCAACAGGAAGGGGUUGGGAAUUGCAAAGUUUUGGGGCACGGAUACAAAAAGCUCUUUCCCCGCGAGUCCUUAAACGCACCUAGGGAUGUAACCCUCGAAGCUGGACAGGAAACUGCAGGAUCUAGGACUGAGCAGCUCCCUCUGCAGCUGGAUCCUUAACUUUCUGUCUGACAGACGCCAGGUGGUCAGACUGGGCAGCACCACCUCAUCUCCCGUCACACUGAACACUGGUGCUCCACAGGGGUGUGUGCUGAGCCCUCUCCUGUACUCACUCUACACCCACAACUGCACGGCCAUGAGAAACUCCAACAUCAUUGUGAAGUAUGCGGACGACACCACAGUGGUAGGUCUCAUCACCAACGACGAUGAGACGGCCUACAGGGAGGAGAUCAGCGCCCUGACCCACUGGUGUCAGGACAACCGUCUCACCCUCAACGUCACAAAGACAAAGGAGAUGAUAGUGGACUUCCGGAGGAGCAGAGGAAUACACACCCCCAUCACCAUCAACGGCGACGCUGUGGAGAGGGUGAGCAGCUUCCGUUUCCUUGGAGUUCAUCUGGCAGAGGAUCUUACGUGGUCAGUGCACACGGACAAUACAGUGAAGAAGGCACAGCAGCGUCUCUUCUUUCUCAGGAGACUGAAAAGAUUUGGAAUGAGCCGCCGCAUCCUCAGGACCUUCUAUCGCUGUGCCAUUGAGAGCAUCCUCACUGGAUGCAUCACCGCCUGGUAUGGCAACAGCACCGCUUACAACCGCAAAGCUCUCCAGAGAGUAGUGCGGUGUGCAGAAAGGAUUAUUGAAGGUGAGCUGCCCUCCCUCCAGGACAUCUACAGGAAGAGGUGCCUGAGGAAAGCGGGGAGGAUCAUCAAGGACUCAAGUCACCCCAGCCAUAAACUGUUCAGACUACUUCCAUCAGGAAGGAGGUUCUGCAGCAUCCGGUCCAGAACCAGCAGACUGACAAGACAGCUUUUUCCAUCAGGCCAUCAGACUGCUGAACACGGCGCAGACACCUCACCCUCACUACUGAAACUCCAACAUUACACGCUCCAUACUGUACAUUAAUGCCACUG